AUGAGCAGGACAAUUAACACCAGAAAAUUUGUGCGAAAUGUGCGAGAUGAGCUGGUGAAAACUUUGAACAAAAUAUCCAACGGGGAGGCUUCUCAAAUUUUGGUGAUGCAGGCGAAACUGGUACCUUUUCUGAACGGCUUAUGCACAUUUACUCAAUUGACUGAGGCAACUGCAGUUACCAAAAUAGUAAUAGACGACACAAACUGUCGUGAGACGCUCGAAGAACUGGUGGCUGACAGUCAAUGUCAGCUGGUAUUUGUCGUGGACGUGAGAUCAGAUUUACGGUUACCAUCGGAGUUCCGUAAGACUAUAGAGCUAUUCGAGCCUCAAGGUCCUCAAAUGGUCUACCUGGCAUGGGAAACAGAGCCUUCAAAUGUGCAGGGGAAGCUACCUCAUUUUCUAAGCCUUCAACUUGAUCAAAAAGUGAAUGUAUAUCCAUGGUACGUGUUGCCAACCUGUGUCUUAGACGAUAAUUUGCUAAAUACUGGAGUAUUGUACAACAGUGAUGGCGACAAUUUAUAUCUCCCUCCGAUUAAGUCCAUGCAAAAAGCUACUCGUAGCAUCUUGGUACAGAAUUUGUCAAACGCAAUACAGGCCGUUCUCAAGGAGACUGGACUGGUUAUAACCCACGCUUCUUCAUUUGGCAACACCUGCCAUGGGUUGGUAGAUCACUUGCGAAGAGACUUGGAGAGCAGAAAAGAUGAGACCGACGAAUUUAUUGACGAGACACUAUAUGGUAAUCGACAUUCAGGACUACAAUGUAAUCUCGUCGUGUUUGAAAGAGAUAUGGACUUACUAACACCUUUAUGCUCCCAAUUAACGUAUGGUGGCAUUUUAGAUGAUCUUUAUGAGAUAGACGAUAAACAUCUCAAACAUCCACCAGAAUUAAGUGAUAUUGAUGUGAUAUCACUGGAUUACGCCAAGGAUGAAGUUUGGAAUGAGCUUAAAUUUAAAAAUUUUGGGGCCUUGGGACCCCGACUUAAUGAACUGGCUCGUGAGCUGCAGGCAGAGUACGACGCCCGGCAUCAAGCAGAGAGUGUGGGGGAAAUAAAGCAAUUUGUCGAAAAUCUUGGAGGACUCCAAGAGCGCCAAAAACUGUUAAAGCUUCACACUGCUUUGUCAUCGAAAGUUGUGAGUGAAGUGACCGAAAAAGAUGAGGGUGAUGAGGAAUCUUUCUUCAACCGUGUCAUGGAGCUUGAACAGGAUUUGAUAGCAGGAAAUCUUGGCCAGAGAUCAAGCUGCGAAAAGAUAUUAGAGCUUCUGCAUGAAGGACAUCCACCGUAUUCAGCGCUGGUGAGACUCUGUUGCAUAUUUUCACUGACUAGGAACGGCAUUCGUGAGCGUGAGUAUAAUUUAUUGCGAACAGAAAUUAUAGACGCAUGGGGAGUAGACGCCAUGUUUGAAUUACAAAGACUGGCAAGGGCCGGGAUGUUUUUAAGUAAGCAGAACUUCACCGAGCACUCCCUAUGGAGUGAUUUUGAUUCAUUUGCUGGUUACUUAGAUCUCGUCCCUCAAAUAGUUGGCGAGACCGAUCCUGGGAAGCCCGUUGAAAACUCAUUUGCAUAUUGCGGGACAGUGCCCAUUAUAACGAGAGCCAUCCAGUUCCUAUUCGAUAGGUCAAUAGUGACCAAAACAUUCUCGUCGCAACAGCCGUUCAUAAUCUCAAGGACACCAUCGUGGGGAGGCUUGGAAGAGCUAUUUGGGCAACAGUAUGGAUCUGGCAUUUUGCGUGAACAAGUAUGGGACCAGUCUGCAUCUCCAAGGACCAAGUUUAUUGGAAAGCCGGCCAAGAAUGUGGCCGAUCCGGUGUUGGUUGCGGUUCUAGGCGGCAUCACUGUUGGCGAGAUGGCUACGUUACAGUUUUUAGCGACUCAGCUACGACAAAAGGACAUCCACAAGAGAUUCAUUGUGAUUACGGAUGGCAUAGUGGGAGGGUCAAGAUUAAAGUGCAGUUCGGUGAAGGUUGUGUAG